GCAGUACACAGGGGACAGGGGGGCACGUGUGGCCCCUCAGCCUCCGCCGCCGGCAGAGCCAUGAACCUGGGUGAUGGACUGAAGCUUGAAACUGAAGUGCUGGAUGGAAAGCCCAGGCUAAUUUUAGCUGCUUAUGAUAAAUCAAAGCCUGCUGUGAAGGUGGGUAACAAAGGCAGAACGUCUAAACAGGCAUUGAGAAUGAGGCACACAGCGCGUGUUCUGAGGUCAGCGCAAAAUGCUUGUAUCAAGCAGGAAAACUUAACAAAACCAAGGAGUGAAUCAAGAUCAUCAGUAAGACAAGGUGAAAAACUGCAAGUCACUAAACACUCCUCAGAUGAAGCCACAACUAAAGACCACUCUUUGAUUUUCCAAAGAGAUAGCACAAACAGAUACCCUGAUUCAGAGAAUCGGAAUGUUCUUAAAAAACACAAACAGAAACCUCAAAGCCCAUGUGUAUCAACUGAAGACCUAAGUAGUGUGGUGUGUUUAACACAAGAACAGCUUCAGCAGAUUUUGAUGACUGUAAAAGAAGGAACUGGAAGCAUCUCUGAGACUAAUAAUGAGAAGCAAGAGGAAAUGGCUACUACCGAGGCAUCAGAGGAUAAUAUUGUAACAUUACCCCAAAAAGCUUGUGAGGUUUCAUCUGCUCCAGAUGAAGCCAGCUCUGAUUCAAGCAGGAAACAAGAAGCAGAUCCACAGCCAGGAGAGAAAGUUACAAAGGAUUCAUGGAAACCUGCUGACAUGUUUACUACGUUUGGUGAAAGAGAAAGGGAGAAAGCCUUGUUAGAAUUUAGGAAGACCCAAUGGAAGAAGGAAUUAGAUGAACAGGUAGCACUGAAGAAGAAACUGAAAGAAGGUUUGGAAGAAGUAGGUAAUUUCUGGGAAAAACCUGGCAAUAAUAAAAUCCAUAAAGAGGAAGUGGAACCAGCUGACCCAGAUACGGCUGAAGAACAUGACAGAUGGGCAGUGCAUUUUGAUUCUUUAAAGAACCACCUUAAUGCUAGUGCAAAACACCCCUUAAAUGGAACGCACAAAAAGCAGCCUGAAAAUCUUUGCCUGUCACCGGAUCCUGAGGAGCUGACUGCUGUUACUCACCCUUUCUCACCUGCAGCUUCAGACAGUCUCAUGCCUUUAAAGGCAGGAAAUGCAGAAAAAGCUGCUAAGAGCAGUGCCUUGGAACACAGUCAGAAAGCCAGUUUCCUCCGUUCAAUGACAGCUCUCCUGGACCCUGCUCAGAUUGAAGAGAGAGACAGGCGACGGCAGAAGCAGUUAGAACAUCAGAAAGCAAUAAUGGCUCAGGUAGAAGAAAACCGGAAGAAGAAACAACUGGAGAAAGAGCAGAGAAAAUGGGAAGAACAAGAGGAUGAACUGCGCUUAGCACGAGAAAAAGAACAAAUGCAGAAACAGUUUGAAGAAGAGAUGCUGAAACAAAAACAAAAGGAGGAACUUGUGACUCUGAAGAGAAAUGAGCUCUAUCAGACAAUGCAGAAAGCUCAAGAAUUAGCACAGAGAUUAAAACAAGAGCAGCGCAUUGAAGACUUGGCUCAGAAGGGACAUGACAUUUCCAAACUUCAGAGGAAUCUUGGUGCUGGUGGUGCAGAGUUUGAAAAUUGCAAUACUGGUGUUUCACAUCAAAGUCAUAAUUUUUCUGAUGACAUUAAGAGCCCCAUUGAUCAGCAGGCUUCUCCUCGGAAAGACACUGCUGUACAGACAGAUUACUUUAACACUUCAGCAUACACUGAGCCAGCUGAGGGAAGAGCUGUGUGUUGUGGAUCACCUGAUAUUGCCAUAGAAUAUAAAGAAACCUCUAACAGUAAAAAAUGCCAGAAGGAAAUGCACUAUAUAGAUAAAGAUUCAGGAAAAGAGACUGGUGGCAUUUACAGUGAUCUGUAUGAACAGUAUGCACGAAAAGAAAGACAGAUUAAACCUUCAGAAAAAUACAACAAAAGACCUGACUGGAACAUAAACAAGCCUGGGAAAAGAUACAUUCCAGCAUCAGAAAGAUACCCUAAACAGCUGCAGAAACAAAGGGAACAAAACAAAGUGAGACGACAAAUGGAGCUGCUUCAGAUGGUGGAAAGAAACAACCCAUGGAAUCUCUGCCCAAAAAAGGGCUGUUACUCAGACAGGUCAUCUUCACCUCACAGAGAACUAAAUAAGGGACACAGAGGCAGAAAGGAAGAACAAUUACAUAAGAAUCAUGCGAAUGAAGAAAGGUCUGAGUCAUCACCUGCUCCGGGAGUUAAGAACAGAUUACACCAAAUGCAACAAAACCAGACACACGUUUCUAAUUGCUUGGUGCAUAACAACAGUAGUAGAAGAGAGAAAAACACCAAGCCAGAUUCCCAUCAGGGGAGCUCCCCUCCUCCCAGUACAGAAGCUGGAAGACCUCCCUCUUUACAGUUCAUUCCGUAUGUUCGAACAAAUGAAGUCUAUUGUCUUGAUCCAGAUGCACCAGUGACUCGACCUUCAACACAUGACCCACAGUAUCGACAGUUCAAUGAUUCUUACCAAAUGCCAAGGCAGAUUCUUAGUUCUGAUCAUGUUAGAGAUCCUCUUCUAAAUCCUGAUGCAGUUAGAGAGAGACAACAAGCAAUUCUCAAAGGAUUGUCAGAAUUACGACAGGGCCUUUUGCAGAAGCAGAAGGAGUUGGAGACUGCACUGAUGCCCAGCAUGGCUCAGGAAGAGAACUUUAUGUCACUGUUUUGACAGAUCUCCACAGAAGACGCACAGCCUGCGUUUGUGGUAGUGGUUCUAUGACCUCAUGUGGUAAAUGCCACAGAACCUCCAGCUUGAGGCUCUUACCUGCAACCACUGGUGGUAACCACAGCCGGAACCUGAAGCCACCUCGCAGCAGUGAAGGGAAGAGAGGCUCUUGGGGUGUGUGAGACUGUGCUCUACCCUGCAGGUGGACAGUUCUUCACAAGAGCCAUUGAGGUCUAUUGAUACAGGGGAGUUGUUUGCUUUGAAAAAGAGAAUGCAUUUGCCAUGGUUGGUGGGAGGGGGACAGCUGCUACCCCAGCCUCGCACUGGCUUGUUCUUGAUUUAAACACCAAACAACUGCUAAUAAAAGAUCUUCAAAUUUAA